CACGAUCCACUUACCCACCUACUACCUCCAGACAGCUGCGGAGACGGGGGAGAUCUCAUCUCGGCUUCUCCGCCGCCGUCGCCGCCAUGCCUCCCUCGCCAUCCUCCGCCGGCGCGGGCGCCGCCUCGGCGUCCCCCUCCGCCUCCGCCUCAGCCUCGGACCCGACCCCGUCCUGGUGGGAGUCGGUCUCGCAGGCGCGCUCCCGCAUCCAGGCGCUCUCCUCCAUCCUGCCCCCGGCCGCGUCCCAGGACGUCGCGGCGCUGGCGGACUCCGAUCGCCCCGCGCGCGCGCUCCUCCGCUCGCCCGCCGCCUACGCGGCGCUCUCCGACGCGCUCCGCGCGGGCGGGGGCGCCGACGACCCCGCCUGCCACUGGCUCUACGACACGCUCCUCUCCGCUGACCCCGACCUCCGCCUCGCCGCGCUCGCGUUCCUGCCUCUACUGGCGGCGCUCUACCUCCGCCGCCUCCCGCCCGAGCUCCCUUCGUCGCUCUCCGGCUUCGAGGCGGUGCUCCUCGCCGUCUACUCCUCUGAGGCUAAGAAUCGUCAGGGGAAGCCCGUCCUCGUCCAGGUCCCGGACCUCUCCGUCCCCUCGCUCUACCACACGCCGGCGUCCAGCCCCAGCUCCAAGUCCCCUCGCCGGCCGCAGCCCCCGCCGAUCCCCCCUCCACAGGCAACUCCCGUGGUGGGUGUGCUCUCACCACCGUUGGAGCCGCAGGCUGCUGUGAAGUCCACGAAGCGCGCAGGGAUAAUUGGGGUCGCGUUCGAAGCUUACUAUUCCAAGAUUCUGCAGAUGCCGGCUGCAUCGAAGGUUGAUGCCUGCAAUGCUGUGGCGGCAUGGGCGGGGCAGUACUGCAAAUGCCGUUUUGAGCUUGAUGACAAGGAGCUGGAGGAAGAGGAGGGGGACUCUCUGGGGUCUGUGUCACCAUUGUCAUCAGAGGCCGAGAAUGGGAAGGAGUUGGAGGAGGAACUGGCAAGGAUGCGCAUCAAUGGAGAUACCAGUGGGCGGAACUGCCAUGAGGAUUAUGACAAGGAGGCAAGGGUGCCGCUACCCUGGGAGCUGCUCCAGCCGGUGAUGAGGGUUCUUGGGCACUGCUUGCUUGCACCGCUGAACCCUGUCGAGGUGCGGGACGCAGCUGCAGAUGCUGUGAGGGUUGUCUAUGCCCGUGCAUGCCACGACCUUGUGCCACAGGCAAUCUUAGCAGCCCGGAGCUUGAUUGAGCUUGACAAAAGUGCACGGAAGGCUGCAAAGGCAGCAGCUGCUGCGGCUUCUGGGACAAUUGUGGCUGCUGGCACUGCUGGAAGCACCGCGUCGAGCUCUAGGCCAAGUUCAAAGCCAAACACACCGAGCAAGCAGCGCAAGCCUGACACACUACUCGUGUCCAAAUGAAAUCAACUGUAUCCAGGGAGUGUUUGCAUGAUGGUAAGGUGUUUCUUUCAGAUGAGUAUUGUGUGUGUCUGCCACUUGAAUAUUGGUGAAAGUUUAGGAGACCUUGCAAUGUGGGAAAACCGUAUUAUGGCUGGAAGACAAUUGGCUAAGGUUCCCAACUUGGUGUUGUAUGUUAACUUGUCUAUGUUACUUGCUGCAUAUAGUUGAUAAAUCGACAUAUAAAUUUUGUAUUUGGGGGGUUUGGUGAGUAGCAAGCAUUCA